UUUGGACGAUGGCGAAACUUCACUAUCGCUGCUGAUCGCAGCCUUAGUCAUAAACACACGAUCGAACAAGUAGGAGUUCCAUUCAGUGAUCUCUGUCGCGUAGUAGCUGUGCUUUAAACCAGUUUCCCCGCUGCGCUCUCUCCUCAUUACAUAAGAGUCGGAAAUAAUAAUAGCAUUGUUUGGAUUGUUUUCGUUAAUAGAAACAUGACGAUAAGCUGUGAAAUCAAAUAUGAUAGCAACCCCCAGGGUGUCUUCUAUGUUGGCCAACCAUUAUCGGGAAGUGUGAUACUGCAAUCAACAGGGAUAGAGUCAGUAAACGCUAUUUACGCCAAAAUCGAGGGCUCAACGGUAGUUCGUUGGAACGAAAGACGACCACAUGGUCAUCGUCAUCGCCCAAGACAGUUUAGCAACCGACAGGAUCAUUUCAACAUUCUUACACAAUUCAUCACCGCGGGGAAUGGUGAUCCAACCGAGAUUGCAGAAGGAAGACACGUUUACAGGUUCAGCUGCCCGCUACCAGACACCCUUCCAACAUCUUUCGAAGGCUCGUAUGGCAGCAUUAGGUACACAAUCACCACCGUGGUUGAGAGACCGUCUAAUCAGAACUCUACCUUUCGUGAAGCACUCACUGUCCUUCGACAUGUCAACCUGAACAACGAUCCAUCUUUACGAAAACCAAAAAAAUUAGAACUGAGCAAAAGUUUUGGUUGGUGGAUUUUCAAAUCGGACCCAUUGAACAUUGCGGUAGAAAUUCCGUUCACGGGAUACGUCCCCGGACAGUACAUACCUGUCGCAGUUCGCUGGAAUAAUAACAGCAGCGCUUAUAUCAGUGGAAUUCGAAUAAAACUGUUCAAGAACGAGGUUUAUUUCGCGACGGAUCCAUACGAAAAGCAGCGUACGAAUUCUCAGUGUGUCGUCAAAAUUGAAAAUCGAGAUGAGCAAAAACAAGAACAAGCCAGUUUCCAACGAAAUUUGCUGAUCCCAUCGACCCCACCCACAAGUAGCAGUAAUUUGAUAACUAUAGCCUACGAAUUGGCAGUGUAUAUUCAUAUUUCAACCGGAGAAAUACCGGAGUUCAAUGUACCGAUUACCGUUGGAACUAUUCCACUGUUAGAUUUUCCUUCUGCCAGUGCAGCGGGAGACGAUUCGGACCAGCCACCUUCUCCUCCGCAGCCACCGGCCUACGGCUUCAAAGUGGCCGGAACGUCUUCCGAUCAUCCACCAAACAAAGCAGGAGCCCCAUCAACAUCACAAACCGCGACCCCUACUGCUUCUUCAACCGAAGAGCUUCCACCUCCUACGUAUGAGGAGGCAAUGAAUGUUGCCGAAGUGGAUCCACAAGAGCAAGAUGAGCAACCAACACAAGAAGACUCGUUAUCAUUCAUUCCGCGCUAUCCAGUCUAUAACUUUGGCGAAACAAGUGACAAACGCCAGUGAAAUGAUUCAA